UUACUUUUGGUUACGGUGUGUACAACAUGACAGCGCUGAAAUUCAAAUAUAGUUGCCAAUCAUAUACUUUCGAUUUAAAUGCUCGUAAACAUUAUUACUCUCCCCUUUUUGCACUCACACACAAGCACAUAUACACACCUCUUUCUUCUUGAUGUCUUAUCCUGCUGAUUUACUCAAAAAGAUAAACGAUUUAAAAGAAGAGUUUAAUCAACAAGUAGAAGCUCUUGCGAACGAAUACAAUCACAUUAUUUCAGCUAAAAAGAUAAAAAAAGAAAUCCUUGGAAGACAUUCAGAAAAAGGAAGCAGAGCAUCUAGACCGUCUAGGAGGAUCAGAACUCCACAAUCAGAAUCGCCAACGCCUGAGAGUAGCACAACAAGAGAGCCAUCAGACGCGUUAUUGAAUGACAAAAAUGAACAUUUCAAAAGCCAAUGCAAAAAGAUUUAUGAACUGGCAGUGAAGCUUUAUCGAGAGGACGGUAUUCAUGUACUGGCUUACUGUGUUCCUUCACCAGAAGAAGACGACAUUCGACCAUUGAAAGUAUUCAACACAAAGUUGUGCAAGAGAUUUAAUAGUAAACUGACAAGAGAGAUGGUUAAGUUGACGGAUGAAUUGAAGUCUUAUAUUGCUUUUCAUACGGGCCCUAAAGUUACCAAGGAAACAGAAAAUCAGGAAGUUGCUAAAAGUAAACGAUCAGUAGCAGAGGCAAAAAAUCAGGAAGUUGUUAAACCUAAGCGAUCAGUGAAAGAAGCAAAGAAUCAGGAAGUAGUUGGAACUAAGCGACUAGUAGAAGAAGUAGAAAAUCAAAAAGUAGUUAGACCUAAGCGGUCAGCAGAAGAAGAAGAAAAACAGGAAGUAGUCAGAACUAAACGACCAGUAGAAGAAGUAGAGAAUCGAGAAGUAGCCAGAGCCGAACAAUCAGUAGAAGAAGUAAAAAAUCAGGAAGUAGCUAGGCCUAAACGAUCAGUAGAAGAAGUUGAUCAUAGUGAUGAUGAAGACGAUGAAGAUGGUGAUGAUACCAAAGAGGAAACAGAAGAGCCUGUUUUUAAGAAAUAUAAGUCACGUCAACUUAAAUCCUUGAGCCUGAUGUUAAGAGGCGAAGAGAAGAUAACAGGGACGCUUCGGCCUUUGCCAGGAAGAGAAAGAAGGAUAAAUAGAAAUGAUGCCUUCAGACGGAGAACAAAACCUAAAGCAGCUUCAGAGCUUGCCAGAUUUAACUUGAAGAAGGAUAUCCGAAAGAGGUUAUUGGACAUGUUGCGUAAGCAUCAAUGAAAUUAAAGAGAAAAAACAUUUAUUUAUUUUUUCUAUAGGCGAUGCAGAUCCUGAAUUAGACGAGACAGCGUUUCCAUGGAAAUCCUUUGGUGAUACAGGAACAUACAAAACGUGCAUUAUGGAAGGGCUACCGACCAAU